AUGCAAUCUAUGCUGGAGGGCCAACACAUGGAAGUUCCGAGGAUGAAUGACUUCCAAAGGGGCGAGACGCCUACAUUUGUGAGCCAUGUGAAGGCUGGGUUAGAUGCUCUAGCUGCAGAUAAUUGUGGCAUCCUUAUCUUUUCUGGGGGGGCGACGAAGAAGUCAAGAACUAGUCUGAGUGAAGGACAGUCUUAUCUGGUAGGGAAGAUCCGACUACCGCGUUCGAAUAAUCUGGCCAAGGAAAAUAAUUUUUACCAGGACCAAACAGCCGACUCCACGAUUGACCCCACUAAGAUUAUUGUGGAAGAGUAUGCCACAGACUCUUACCAAAAUCUACUAUUUUCGCUUUUGAGGUUUCGUUCGCAUGUGGGAGCUUAUCCUCGUCGCGUUACCGUCGUGACCCAUGCGUUUAAAAGAGAAAGAUUCUUGGAAUGCCAUUUCCCCGCUGUGGGCCUGGUUCCCCAGACAGGUACGAGCCCAGUUGAAUCGAAUGAUAACGCUACCGUGAUUGGCAUCAACCCCCCUCCGGAUAUUAGCCCGCUUGAAUCAUUGCGACGAGAGGGAUUGGUCUAUGGAAAAAAAGAUCUAUAUGGCGUUGCUGAGGACCUGAGCAGCAAACGCGCCAAGCGAGGAUGGGUUCCUGAAACGAGAGCCGAUCUAAUUGCGAGUUCUGGAUGCGAUGAAGUAGUUGCGCAAUUGGUCUGCUGGGAUGGCGGAACAGGCAACCAAUGGUUCCCAAGGAUAGAGGAGCUACCCUGGUAUUACGGAAGAUCAAAGAAUAGCCAUUGA